GUGUAGUUUCAGUUCAACAGCCUUUUGGGGUUGCCAGUUACACUUCGAACGUCUCCCUCUUAAAAUUUAAUAUAGCAUUAAAUAUUAAACAAUUCGAUAAUCUGUUUGAAUAUAAGGACACAAAUCAUGCCAAACACCAAGGAAAUGGGGACGGAUGCCAAUCUGGAGGAGAAAACCGCAAGGCUAAACAGCCGCGAUAGUGCCGUACUGAAGGACCUCAUGAAGAAACGCCUUACGGAAUGCGGAUGGCGAAAGGAUAUUGAGCAAAUGAUCCGUCAGACUAUUCAGGAGCGUGUGGGCAAUUUAACACGCGCCCAACUCGCUGAGAAAAUUGUUCCCCAAGCACGCGCCUUGGUUCCCGACGUGAUCUGCAAGGAAAUGCUGAUACGUGUGCAUCACGCCUUAGGAUCGUCGCAGCCAGUGGAGAGGAAAGGAAUGGGCAAUCGAGACUGUCAAGAUUAAAUUCUAGCACAUGAGUGUCUGUUGAUUUAUUUAUGUCUUCAUUAAUUAAGUAGAUAUUUACAGUCUUAUGCUAGUUACUAAUUGCGUCAUAUUGGUAAUACAAAAUAUGCAUGUAAUAAUAAUAAACAACCUAUGUUGCUAUGUU